AUCAAAUUAGACCCAAAGCGUUGCGUGUUAGCAUUUGCAGUAGCAGCAGCGAAGAAAUGGAACUGAUAGAAGGCUCCGUUACCAUCUUCCCUUUUUCCACUGUUACUCUCUUUCCUCACAAAUUCUUCUCUUCCGCUACCACACCUCGCCAUUUCCUCAAAUUCCCAACAAAAUGGAACGCCCACUCCCAAAACAUCGGCGACAGCGUCGUUUUCGAGGAAGGCAUUUUCGAAGACGACACCGUUUUCCCAAACGACACCGAUAACAGACCCAAACCUAGACCAAAGAAAAAACCGGUGCUGAAUACGCGCGAGAAUUUGGUUCCGGACAAGUGGAGAAGGGCGCAGGCAGAGAGCAUCAUCACCGUCAAUGAGAGGCGCAAGAAUAAGAGAAGAGACUUGGUUCCUUUAAGGGACGUCAAAAAAUUCGAUUUUUAUAAUAAGGGGAAAAAAGGGUCGAAACCCUUCAGGGAUAUAAAUUGGGAUGAAUACAAGGCUUCUAAAAAGGAUAAAUUGAAACAGCUCAAUCCUCUGCUUCUCAAAAACCCUUCUACGUUUCCCGUUGAACAUAAGGUUCCGGAACCUGACUUCAAGGGUGAGCGUGUAGAGCCUAAGAAUCCAAGAGGGGUUGUUCAUGGGAAGGGUUUGGAGGAUGUUAUUCAUUUUUUCAAUAGUUGGAGUUACAACCCCAGUGCUAACAUCACCCAUGAAGGUCGUCGCAAGUUGUUUACUAUUACUAAGGAGGAGAUGUUCUUGUUAAACAAGCCAAUGCCUGACUUGGCUGCUGCUACUUCAGGUAAUUGGCUUCCUCUGCACACUCUUGCUGCAUGCGGAGAAUUUUACCUUUUACAUUCUCUGUUGAAGCAUAAUGUUGAUAUCAAUGCUGUGGAUAAGGAUGGUUUGACUGUCCUUCAUAAAGCAAUUGGCAAAAAGCAGGCCAUAACCAAUUAUCUCCUGAGAAACUCAGCUAAUCCCUUUGUACAGGACAAAGAGGGGGCUACCUUGAUGCACUAUGCCGUACAAACAGCUUCUACUGAGACAAUUGAAUUACUCUUAUUGAAUAAUGUGGAUAUAAAUCUUCAGGACAAUGAUGGCUGGACACCAUUACAUCUUGCUGUUCAAACUCAGAGACCAAAUUUAGUAAGGCUUCUGCUGCUUAAAGGUGCCAAUAAGACAUUAAGAAACAAGGAUGGUUUAACUCCACUUGACCUUUGUCUCUACUCUGGUCAAAGUUUCCAAACAUAUGUGAUUAUCAAGUUGUUAAAGCUGCCUCAAGGGUGUCUUUGACAUGUAUGACAAACGGGGUUGUCUCUGGUACCCAGACAUUUGGGAGUGAAGCUGUAUGCUUCCUUGUUGUACCAAUAACAGAACCAGAGGAAGAGGUGUAGUUUUUUAAUCGACGAAAGAUGAGAUUUAAUGUCCUCAUUUCAAAUAUAUUUAGUUUAUCCCCUCAUGGAGAUCUACUAAGAUUGUAAAAAGGAUUAAUUUUACCCUUGUUAUCCUCGGUUAAACCUAUUUGGCUUCUCAUGCUCAUCAUGUAAGAAGGAUUUUAGUCAUGGGUGUCCCCAUUAUUGCCUUCCAGUCAAAGUGUUGUGACUUAGGAGGCCAGAGGUGAAGAGAUUUGUUGCCCAUUCAUGUUCUUCAAAAUUUCAACUGACACCAACAGCCGUCAACAGUCGCCGCGCAAUUCCAUGGCCAGAGGUCGACACGUGCUUUUGGAAACCCAAUGGCAGUGUAAAUCAAUCAAGUAUGAAUUUGAUAGGUACUUUGUACUUUGUAGUAUGCCCUUUUAUACUUGUGUCACUGCCUACUAUUGUAAGGAGAUGAAAGUAGAAGAAAGAAAAGAUAUUAUACAUACUGUAAUGAGGUUGAUAAUGAUAAUGUACAUAUGCUUUAUACACAAUAUAUCCUGAACACUAGUUUUGUUCA